CGAGGGCAGCUCUUCUGCGGGGUGGCCCUCACCUGCACAGGUGGGCCUCUGUCCCCGGCUGCAGUCCAGCCCUGCACCUCCGCAGGCAGCAGUGUCUCCACCUCCCAAAACAUCUACCUCUUGGCCUUUCGGAGACAUGGCGACAGAUGCCACGAGGAGCCAAACCCAGACAGCCUUGAGUCUGGCAGAGCAGAUCCUGGCGGACUUCCAGAUGCAGGAGGCGGACUUGAAGAAGGUGAUGCGGCGGAUGCAGAGGGAGAUGGCGCGGGGCCUGCGGCUGGAGACCCACGAGGAGGCCAGCGUGAAGAUGCUGCCCACCUACGUGCGCUCCACCCCAGAAGGCUCAGAAGUCGGGGACUUCCUCUCCCUGGACCUGGGCGGCACCAACUUCAGGGUGAUGCUGGUGAAGGUGGGGGAGGGCGAGGAGGGGCAGUGGAGUGUGAAAACCAAGCACGAGAUGUAUUCCAUCCCUGAGGAUGCCAUGACUGGUACUGCUGAGAUGCUCUUCGACUACAUCUCCGAGUGCAUCUCCGAUUUCCUGGACAAGCAUCAGAUGAAGCACAAGAAGCUGCCCUUGGGCUUCACCUUCUCCUUUCCUGUGAGGCAUGAAGACAUCGACAAGGGCAUCCUCCUCAAUUGGACCAAGGGCUUCAAGGCGUCAGGAGCAGAGGGGAACAACAUCGUGGGGCUCCUCCGUGACGCCAUCAAACGCAGAGGGGACUUUGAAAUGGACGUGGUAGCAAUGGUGAACGACACGGUGGCCACGAUGAUCUCCUGCUACUAUGAAGACCGCCGGUGUGAGGUUGGCAUGAUUGUGGGCACAGGCUGUAACGCCUGCUACAUGGAGGAGAUGCAGAACGUGGAGCUGGUGGAAGGGGACGAGGGCCGCAUGUGCGUCAACACCGAGUGGGGCGCCUUCGGAGACUCGGGCGAGCUGGACGAGUUCCUGCUGGAGUACGACCGCGUGGUGGACGAGAACUCCCUGAACCCCGGCCAGCAGCUUUAUGAGAAGAUCAUCGGCGGCAAAUACAUGGGCGAGCUGGUGCGGCUCGUGCUGCUAAAGCUCGUGGACGAAAACCUGCUCUUCCGUGGGGAGGCCUCGGAGCAGCUGCGCACGCGCGGAGCCUUCGAGACGCGCUUCGUGUCGCAGGUGGAGAGCGACUCGGGCGACCGAAAGCAGAUCUACAACAUCCUGAGCACGCUGGGGCUGAGGCCCUCGGCCACCGACUGCGACCUCGUGCGCCGCGCCUGCGAGAGCGUGUCCACGCGCGCCGCGCACAUGUGCGCCGCGGGGCUGGCGGGCGUCAUCAACCGCAUGCGCGAGAGCCGCAGCGAGGACGUGAUGCGCAUCACCGUGGGCGUGGACGGCUCCGUGUACAAGCUGCAUCCCAGCUUCAAGGAGAGGUUCCAUGCCAGCGUGCGCAGGCUGACGCCCAGCUGCGAGAUCACCUUCAUCGAGUCGGAGGAGGGCAGUGGCCGCGGCGCAGCCCUGAUCUCCGCAGUGGCCUGCAAGAAGGCCUGCAUGCUGGGCCAGUGAGCCCGGAGGCCACCAGGCCAGCAGGAGGCAGUGACUGGCUGGACUUGGGCUCCGGGGGACUCGCCCCCACAGGUGCCCACAGCCUGGUCCAGUGAAGAGGUCGCUCUCUGUAAGGACCCUGGACGCCUCCCAUUCCCACUGCCACCCCACAAGAUAGGGACGGGCCCACAGGGGAUUUGGAGGGCCCUGGGCAGGCCUCUUCCCUCAGAGGCAGUUGAUGGGACAGACCAGGGCCUUAACUGGGUUGGGGGCUGAGGUGAGCUGGCACAGACACCCCCAGAGUCCCUCACCCGUCUUGCUGGAACCAAGGACCCAGAAGGGACUUGCUCACUCGGGACUUGGCUGCGUUUCUGCACUGCCUGCCCUUUGGAGCCUUUGGCCUGACUCUGCCUCGCCUGGGCCCUGCACUGGACCCUACUGUGGCCUGGGAACCCCUGGGGAGGCAGCCCUGCUGACCUGGCCAGACGUGGACCGGGGCUCCUCAGGGAGCCAGGGGCUGCCCGGCACCCAGGCCUGGCUGUUUUCUUGCCUGGUGUGGGGGGGUGGAUGAUGGGAGAGGACCCGCUCCCCAGUGGAGGUGGCUGGUACCCCGCGGCCUGCAUUUGGAGGCCUCCUUGCUCCCCUGCCACUGACUCUGAGUGGUUUGUGGUUCUGGGAUGGAAGCUCCCAGGUGGUGCAAGACACAGAGCCCCCAGAACCCCUGCCCAGAGGAGCCCAUGAGGAGGAGAACCCCACCCCCAACCCCAGGCAGUCCUGGGAGCACCCUCCAUGGGAGAGUCCUCAGCUCCCACAGGGCUGGCCUAGGAAGACAUCACACAGCACUCAGCACCCAGGGGACCGCCCAGGCCUCCCUCUUCUCCCUAGACCUCCAUGUGCCACACCCCCCUCUCAUGCCCAGCCUGGGACUGUGUGGUUUUUUAAUUAAAAGUCUCAAAAGUUGAGAAUGUGGCCUUGACCAGUGUCCUUUGAUCUGUGUGCAUACGGGCCGGGGGACCGAGUGGAGAUGUGGUCACAUGCACGUGGACGCCCAUGGAACUUGCCAGCCCUCCCUGCCCGCUGUGGCAGGGGUGUGAAGUGCCGUAGGCGGUAGGAGUAGAGGUGGGGUGUUGUCCGUCGGGGGCAGGGGCAGUCAGCCGCCCUGGCCUUGCCCGGGCCCUGCUGGCCAUGUGUGGGAUGUGCGGGCA